UCUUAACCGAUGAUUAAGUCCAUUAAGCAUUGACUUGGGAAAAUUUCUUACGGGUCCAUUUUUUGUGGAUUCUAAAGGGUAUCAUCAUAGAUUUCAGGCGGUUUUUCCGAAAUGUCAUCUUCUUUCGAUUUAGAACUAUAAAUCAAGUAUUUGGCCCGAGCCUAUUCUCCACCGGUUAUGAAGUCUAAUGAUCAAAUUAUCCACCGAUUGUGACGUCCAUUAAGCACCAAUUUGGGCGGAUUUAUAUUAGAAUGACAUUUUCAUAAUUUCUUAAGCAAUUUUUUCCGGAAAAACAAUUUUACUUGAAUGUUGGAGGCUACAGAUCACGGAUUCGGUGUGAGGCUAUUCUUCACUGAUGAUUUAGUUCAUUAAGCACUGAUUUGGGUGAGUUUCUUCCGGAUCCAGUUUUUGCAGAUUCCAAAGGGGUACCAUCACAGAUUUCGGGCGAUUUUUCCGAAAUAUCAUUUUCUUUCAAUUUUGAAGGCUACAAAUCACGAAUUUGGCCAAAGGUUAUUCUCCACCGCUGAUGAAGUCUAUUGAUCCUAUUAUUUACUGAUGGCUAAGUCCAUUAAACACCGAUUCGAGAUGGAUGUUUUCUGAUGGCAUUUUCGUAAUUUUUUGGGUGAUUUAUUUUGAAAGGCCAUUUUCCUUGAACUAUGAAGGCUACAGAUCACAGAUUUGGCCUUAGACUAUUCUUCACCGAUGAUUAAGUUCAUUAAGCACCGAUUAACACAGAUUUCUUCAGUGUCCUUUUUGGCAGAUUCCAAAGGUAACUAUCACAUAUUUCGCCCGGGGGGGGGGCUAAUGCCACUAUAACACCCGAACUAUCACAAAAAAAUGUCACUUGUAUCCUAUUCUUUUCAAUAUUCCAUUUGUAUCCUAAACUAUUAUUCUGUUAGUGUUGACCGGUGUUAACCGUUAGUUUUUAACAGAAAAUCCAGUCAACAUCUACGUGGCAUUUGACAUGGAAUUCUUAAUUAUUUUUUUCAUAGAAAAUUUAUAAAAAACAAAACCCCUGUCUACCAGAAACCUCGCCGAUGAUUAUUCCCCUGCUGCCUCCCCAUCUCUGCAUCGCCAUUCCUUCUCGAUAUCUCUCCACCGCUAUCGAAAUCGGUCAUCACUUCUCUGCUCUUUCCAGACCAGGCGACCAUCCCAGUUCAUCCCCGAUGCUGGAUUUUCCCCCCAGUUGUCACAAUAAAACUACCCUGCGUGGCGGCCGCCGGAAUAGUGAGCCUCGGAGUUUCGUUGCCGUCGAGAGACAGGUGACUCUAUCAGCUCCAAUCUCAUCCAGAAAAUUCUUCCCAAACUGUAUUACCUCCCACAUGGAAAUCCGCUCCACAAACGAAACCACUAAGGCCAUCCCAUCACCGCCAUUAGAUAAAAUUCAACCCACAACCCUAAUAAUCCAAAUCCUCCACCCAACUUGUACCGCUCGCCUUGUUGGGAACUUCCCCUCUCCGCUGGCCUCCUGUUUCUCAUCGCAGGCACCGCUGUCCCAACCUUGCUUGCUUCCAUGGCUUCCAUAGCCAAUCACAAUGCGGUGUCGAUACAGAUCUGGAAGAGAGAGGUGCCUGCAUAGAAGAGAUCGAUCUAUAGCAGUCGGAGCCGGAUAUGCUUCCCCGCCCUUCUCUCUCCCUCCCUCGCGCGCGACGGAUCACCUCGCUAGCGUUGUUUUAGGUUUCUCGUUCUUGUUCGAAUACGAGCAGGGGAAUGGGCUUGUUGAUUUCUGGGUUAAAUUUAUUGAGGUCGAAUACGAGCAGGGGGGAUCGGAUUGGAGAUUUUUUAGAGAAAGAGAGGGCUAAUCGGUAGGAAAUAAGAAUUAUGAGAUUUUUUUUUUAAUUUUGGCUUGAUAAUAUAAUUGAAUUUAAAGU